CACUUAUUUGCAUGCCUUCAGCGGUGGUCAAGCAGUGAUGAUAAUAAUUCAUUGCGAAAGUUUCGUCUGUUUGAAAUAUCUUUGAUUAUUUUAUGACCAUUACAUCAAUCAAUCAUCAUUUGUGUCACAAAUGGAGUCCUUUAAUUGCUCAACGAAUUAAAAAAGUUAAAUAUUUUUUAGAUUAUUAUGCUUAUACAUUUGCUCAUUCACCUGCUCAUUCACCUGAUUAUUCACAUGAUUAUGUUUUUUAUAGAGACAGAGAUCCGAUUGAUUUAGCCGGUCCGAGGACAUUAUUUCCAAAUUUAAUAGUUGCUGAAUUUUCUGAUAGCUUCAGUGUGAAAGUGAAAUUUGAAGAUAUUGUUGCAUUCGUCAGAAACCAUGAGUCUUUGAAAGGAAUAAUCACUUCAUCUAGUGGAAUAAUGGAAGAAUAUUGUGAUAAACUUGAAAUGCUAGCUUCCGAUAGUAUUAAGUCAUGGAUUCUUAUGAAUUAUUCCAGUCUAAAACAAUUGGCCUUAUUUGGUGGUACUCUACAUAAUUUAGAAAGAGCGGCACAUUAUUUGCCAAAUCUUGAAAGACUUCAUACUCUCUUUUAUGACAGUUAUCACAAUGGUCCAGUUUGGGAAAAGCUCAAAGUAGUUGAACUGGCCACAACUCCUGACAGUUCUUGUGAGAUUUUUUAUGGUUUCCAGUUCAUGGAUUCAUGCCCGAAUCUACAAAGUGCCCAUAUUUCCGUGAUUUCUGGAGCUUUGUUUGUCGAUGAAACAUUAAAACAAGCAUCUUUGCAAGAUUUAGUUAUAGAUUUUUAUUAUAAUGGCCAAAUCUGGAAUGAUUUGAAAAGAACUCUUAUGAAAUAUCCAAACCUCAAACAUCUUAGUCUGCGGAGUCCAAAGUACAUGACAGAUGAACAUAUCAAGCAAUUGGUUAACAUGUUACCCAAUCUGGUUAUAUUUGAUGUUUCUAGAUGUGGUGGUGUCACUCAAAGAGCUGCUGAUUAUGUUAAAGAUUAUUGUAAACGAAAUGGAAGAUCAACCAAAUUUUACUUCAAUGGGAAUCGCCAUGAAAUUCAAUUAGAUUGGCCGUGGUUAUCCACUAAAAUAGAGAAAAUUAGUCGAGGUUUCGAUUUCAUGAAACAUUGCUUUCUUAAAGAUUUUUAUAACCUUUCAUAUUUCUUAGUUCCUAUUGAUUAUUGAAAACCACAUGAAUACUAAUAUAUUCGAUAUUUUGUACCUGUACCCCUUUGUAGCCAAUUCAAAGAGUUUGAACUUAA